GCAUGCUCUGCGGGGCCAGGGUUCCCGGAGCGCUGUAGCUGUGUCGGCGUUCCGGGGAGGAAGUUUCCGCCUUGUACCCCACCAGGAUCGCAGCUCCUCUGCUGAGCCGGCUCCCUCCGGUCCACAUCAGCGCAUCCAGACCAUGGGGCUACCCAAGGGGCCAGAGGGCCAGGGGCUCCCAGAGGUGGAAACAAGAGAAGAUGAAGAACAAAAUGUUAAGUUGACUGAAAUUUUGGAGCUCUUGGUUGCAGCUGGGUAUUUCAGAGCAAGAAUUAAAGGUUUAUCUCCUUUUGACAAGGUGGUAGGAGGGAUGACUUGGUGCAUCACUACCUGCAAUUUUGAUGUAGAUGUUGAUUUGCUCUUCCAGGAAAACUCUACAAUAGGUCAAAAAAUAGCUCUAUCAGAAAAGAUUGUGUCGGUCCUCCCGAGGAUGAAAUGCCCACACCAGCUGGAACCCCACCAGAUCCAGGGGAUGGAUUUUAUUCACAUAUUCCCUGUUGUGCAGUGGCUGGUGAAAAGAGCUAUAGAAACAAAAGAAGAGAUGGGUGACUAUAUCCGCUCCUAUUCCAUAUCCCAGUUCCAGAAAACCUACAGCCUUCCGGAGGAUGACGACUUCAUAAAGAGAAAAGACAAGGCUGUGAAGACUGUUACUGACCUAUCAGAUGUUUACAAGCCCCGUCGGAAGUACAAACGCCAGCAGGGUGCAGAGGAGCUGCCAGAUGAGGAGUCCCGAGUCCACGCCACGCUUUUGGAAUAUGGCAGAAGAUACGGAUUUAGUCGCCAGAACAAAACAGAGAAGGCUGAGGACAAGAAAUCGACACUUGCUGCAGGGCUUUUAGCCACAGAAAAAACAGAUGCCCAUGAGGAAGAUGAGCUUCAAGCAGCUGAAGAGCAACGUAUUCAGUCACUGAUGACCAAGAUGACUGCCAUGGCAAAUGAGAGCCGUCUCACCGCAAGCUCCGUGGGGCAGAUCGUGGGCCUCUGCUCAGCUGAGAUCAAGCAGAUUGUAUCUGAAUACGCAGGGAAGCAGUCUGAGCUGUCUGCUGAAGAAAGGCCAGAAAAGUUAGGAACCUCCCAGCUGCACCGGCGGAAAGUCAUUUCCUUGAACAAGCAGAUUCUGCAGAAGACCAAGCACCUGGAGGAGCUGCAGAAGAAUCACACCAGCCUCCAAGCCAGGUAUAGUGAAAAAAAGAAGACGCUAACAGAGCUCAAGAGUCAUAGUGAGAAACUAGACAAAGAACAGGCAGCCCUGGAGAAGAUGGAAGCCAAAGCUGACCCAGGCAUUCUGCAGAGCCUCAGAGCACUGGUAGCCAUGAAUGAAAAUCUAAAAAGUCAGGAGCAGGAGUUUAAAGCACACUGCCGGGAGGAGAUGGCUCGGCUGCAGAAGGAAAUUGAGACCCUGAAAGCGGAGAGAUCGCCAGGGGGAGACGAAAAGACUCUCUCCAAUGGAGAGCCACACGGUGCCCUGACCUCUGCCAUGACUCACAACGAAGACCUGGAUAGACAAUAUAAUAUGGAGAAAGAGAAACUCUACAAGAUCCGUUUACUACAGGCUCGAAGAAAUCGAGAAAUAGCUAUUUUGCAUCGCAAGAUUGAUGAAGUUCCCAGCCGAGCUGAGCUGAUACAGUAUCAGAAGCGGUUCAUUGAACUCUACCGUCAGAUUUCAGCAGUGCACAAAGAAACCAAGCAGUUCUUCACUUUAUAUAACACCCUGGACGACAAAAAGGUUUAUCUGGAAAAAGAGAUUAGCUUGCUUAACUCAAUUCAUGAGAACUUCUCACAAGCCAUGGCUUCCCCUGGUUCCCGGGACCAGUUUUUAAGGCAGAUGGAACAGAUCGUUGAAGGCAUUAAACAAAGUAGGAUGAAGAUGGAAAAGAAGAAACAAGAGAACAAGAUGAGAAGAGACCAGUUGAAUGAUCAGUACUUGGAGCUGCUGGAAAAACAGAGGCUCUACUUCAAGACUGUGAAAGAGUUCAAAGAGGAGGGCCGUAAGAAUGAGCUGCUGCUGUCCAAGGUCAGAGCCAAGGCCUCCUGAACAUCCGUCUCCAUUUCUGUGUGUCGUUGAUAUUUUUUUAACGGUAUGUAUAGACUACACAAUCCUGAAAUGGAUCUGAAGGCGACAGUGGAGAAAUGCAGGCAGAUUCAUUUCACCUCUCUGGAUGGAUGUUUUCUUUGUCCUGUUUGUUCCAUUUUAUCUCUCCUGGCUGUGGCUGAUGGACUCAGACAGAGUAAACACCAUGGCUUUGAUGUCGCCCAGCAUCUGAUGAAGAAACAUGGCCAGUGAUUGUUCACUCUGCCUAUUCAACUUUUAUUUCUCCAGUAACAUUGCAUUUAUGAAGGUACCAGAAUUUGUAUGGGCCCGGCGAAUAAAAUGGAAUAUUAUGUUCAGCAAGUAUUAAUUGAGCAACUGCUGAGAAAUAAGCACUGAGGGAGAUUCAGGGGAGCAUAGAACAUCAUUCCUGCCCCUCUGGCAUCUAACAAGGGCCCAGGGAAGCAGGUACAGUCCAUUUGAUCCUAAAGCUUGGCCCCUGAAAUGUUUUUGAGUAAGCAGAAGGCUGUUGAGUAAAGGACUGGCCUAUGGGCUUGUGACGCGUUGGGCCACGCAGCUGCCAUUGUGCCUCUGCUCUGGCUUCUCAUAGUGGAUAGGGCUUGCAGGUUUGGCUGACAUACAGUGCAAUUAGACCACAGGUGUAAGGGAGGCUGGAGCCUGUGAACCAUUUAUCUGUUGUUGGGUAGAUGUAUGGAAAGACUGAUCUAAAGCAACUAUGUUUGGUUUUGGAAAUGGAAACCUUUAUCUGGAGGCCUAUUUCUCAGGAGUUCCCUUUGGUAUGGCUGUAGGUGUGUCCAGCCCACAAGUCAGGAAAAGGCAGCUAGGAAUGUGGCUCAGUGUCGCUCCAUUAAUCCUGCAUACUGCUCAAGUUCAUUUCACUGAAACAUUGCCAAUAGGCCUCCUGGUGAGGACACUCGGGUAAGAAUUAAGCCUUUCCAUAUCCCAUUAUUAUUCAAGGCUCCCACAACAUGUGGAAGGGCAUAUUAAGCAUACCCUGUGUUCCAACACUGCAGAGGUCAGGGUCUGAGUGAGGAUGGAGAUAUGCACUCUGUUCAGAGCAGGCAGGGGAAUCUGAGCAGGCGCUGAACACAGAGGAGGGGAGGGCAGGAAGACCCCACUUGGGUUAGAUCUGAAGAGGGAUAUUAGGAUGCUGCUUUAGGUGAGGUGGGGUUGGCAGAGUAUGGUACAUACAUAUUGAGAAAGGGGACUUGAGAGAUCAGGCUGGGAAAAUGGCUGGGGCCAGACUGGGAGGCCCUUCAGUAGUGCUAGGGGCAUUAUCCUCUGGAAAUGAUGAGUUCAAAGCAAUCACAGGUCUCCCACAUCUAGCUGUCAGGAGCCUGGCAAAUAGGUCUCGGUCAGCAAAGCCCAGGGUGAUGUUUGCAUGCCAUUCUGCAUAAACUGCAUACACAUGGUCCCACCAGUGGGUUGGGACCAUUAAACAUAAAAGCUUAACCAUGCCAGGCAAGUGGGGCACUGGGCACAGUCACAGACAAACUGUUCAUUUUUAGUUUCCUAAUGUAUUUGAUUAAGAGGGGUGAUGUAUAUAGACUUAGAGAAAAAAGAGGUACUUGGUGUGUGGCUUAGUUGGGAGAAUGCUUACCUAACAUGCAUGAAGCCCUGGUUUCCAGCCCCAGAACCGUGUACGCUAAGCAUGGUAUGGAAAGUUUGAAAUCCCAGCUCUCAGGAGGGAGGUGGAGGCAGGAAGAUCAGGAAUUCAAGGUUAGCUAUAUAGCAAGUUCUAGGCCAACCUGGGCUACACGACUCUAGCCCCCAGCCCCCAAAAGAAAAGCUGAUGCAGGCUUAAUAGCACCUUCAGUUUCUGAACCAGCACUAGCGGGGCUGAUGAACUGGUAGGGACAGUAGUACCUAAAGCACCUUCUGGACUCUAUGUGUGUGCCUCCUCCUCCACUGGGCCCUGUAUGAUCAUGGGGCAUUGUGGAAACAAAUACUUAUAAAAGAAUGAGAAUGAUAAUAAAGUGGCACUUUGAAGGCAGGAGACAUCCCUUUGGCUAUGUUAGAAAUUAUUUCAAAUUCAGAGGAGCAUCUGUCUAUGAUCUCUUGGGAAGAAGCUCAUACACCCACCCUGUGGCUGACAGAACUCAAACUGUUAGGAGAUGACUUCAGUGUUUGACCACAGGUGUAGGAAGGCAGACAGGAGCAAGAGAGGUUCUGGUUUACAAAGAGUCUUUAUGAGGUUUACAAGAGUCUUAUCUAUGACUGAUCUAAAGCAACCACAAUUGGUUCUGGAAAUGGAAAUUUUAUCUAGAGUCGUGUUUCUAGGAAUUCCCCUUAGUCUGAUUGUAAGCAUGGUCAACCAUAUGCUGCCUGUGGCCAAGGAUAGCUAUGAAUGUGGCCCAACACAAAAUUGUAAAGUCACUUAAAACUUUGAGAAUUUCCUGUGAUUUUUUUUUUUUUUUUUUUUUUUUUUAAUCUCAGUUGCACUGCUCUAGAGUAUGAACUUUGUAGAUGACAAUGUCAUGUUGCAUUGACUGGACAGUUGGUAGAGAGAGUGGUGGAUACUUUGUCCCAUUUUUUAAUCUUCAAUGACUAAUACAGAUGAUGAAUAAUUUGUGUUACUUGGUCUACAGUACUGGGUAUGAACUUCCCUCCUGUAGAGCAGGACAAGACCCAAACAGAAUACAGUUGGUUCCUCCCAUAACAGUCAUGCCACUGUUGCACCAGUGGUCACACCUUGCCUGGCAAGUUGGUAUUAUAGCCAGCAAGGUCCACAGCUGGGUAAGACUACUGAUGACUUUUCUCCCCCAGCUGUCUUCAUAGCAGCUUCUGCUACUAUGAAAACCAGCCAGCAGGGAGGAUGCUUCUAGCUCAGUUCUGACAUGAUUUCUCUGGGUCCUAUAACCAAAGGGUGUGGUAUCUUCAGCAAUAACAUCUUACUCUCUAGUUUGUUGGGUACCCAUGAGCAAUAGCCUGUAUUGUUUUCAAGGCCUCUGAGUAGUCUGUACUACUUGAACACACUUUGAAUUAGGCUACAGAAGCCAGCCUUGAGAAGUUCAUGUUUGCUUCUGACAGCCUAAAGCAGAGACGGCAAUUUUGUGGGUAAUUCCAACAUGUCGUAGACUGUGCAGUCAGGCCUUAUUAUCAGGUAAGAAGAUUCUCCGAGGCCCCUAGUCAUUUCAGAAGCUACUUGAGGACUGGGGAAGGGGUGGGGGUGGGGUCUCCCAGGGCAGUGUCUUCUGUGCCUGGACAUAGUAUAGCAGUAUGCGCUGAGCCCACAGGCUUUUUCAAGAAUUGUAAGGCAGUGGGAAAAUAUCCUUGACUUUUUAAUGUGCCCUUUAAGAGAAACCAGACUCAGAGCAGUGAGCUUAUUACCAGGCCUAACUCCCAGUGCCAUGCAUUCUUAGAACCAGCAUAUGGAUCAGAGGCUGCCUCCUUCCCAUGUGCAUCUUACCAAGGAUGCUCCAGUUGAAACCAGGCUCAGAGCAGCUAUGCACAGAACGAGACUGAGAUGAGCGUGAAGGUUCUGGAAGAUGCUGUAGUAUUCUGUUGUCCUAUGUUUGGUGCUGGUGUGCAGCUGGAGUUGACCAGUACCACAGGGAGGUACAGAGUGCUGAAGAAUAGCUGCCAAGCUGCAUCUGAAGAGGCGGAGUUCAGGUUUGUCAGCAUACACUCCUGUUAGUCUGAUCUUCUGGCUAAAUGUGAGGUUAGCUUGUAGCCCGUAGUUGGAGGACAGGGAGGAACCCAAAGGCAGGAACACUGGUGCAUGGCAGAGGACUUUCCCUCUCCAGGCUGUUCCUGGAGACCUCCUGAAACAUUGAGCAAAGUCUAGGAUAGGCCUUUAGGCAGCCCUCUUACUACCUCACAAAGGGCCAUUCCCAUGGACUGUCACCUUGACAGGCCCUGGUCACAUCCAUCCUGAGGAAAGUAGAUCUACCUGAAAGGACACAUGGGAUGCUCAGCUGUGCCUCAUUCCUGCUGCCUCUCCAUGGUCCUAUCUUGUCUACUCUGCUGGUGAUGGAUAGUUAGUUUAAAGGAAAGAGCAUCUUAGCAAUAACUUCUUAACAGUGGCUUUAGCUAAGCCUGAGUCCCUUGUGAAAUUCUUCAGGUAGCUGAAUUGAAACAUACUUUGAGGAAGUAAUCUCAGAAGUGUUCCAUGAUGUGUUCAUGACUGAGACAAAAGAGUGCACUGUGCAGAGCAGUGCAACCAAGAGCCUAGUAGCAGGGUGUCACUCUCUGUGCCUGUAGCUCAGCGUGGCCCUGAAGUGCCUUGCACGAUGCGUCUCAAAAUCCCCAUGUUCUCCCUUGGUCUUUCACACUGAGUGUACCUUUCUACACGUGAUGGUAGGCUGAAAUGAUGCGUGAACAGUAAUGGAGGACAGGGGAGGUGGCUCAGUCAGUAAAGAGCUUUCCUUGCAAGCAUUAGGACCUGAGUUCUAUUGCCAGCACCCAUGUGAAAAGCCAGGCAUGGUGGUAUACUGUUGUAAUCUCAGCGCUAAGGAAGUGGAGACAGGUGGAUCCCUGAGGCCUGCUGACCAGCCAGCUUAGCUAAAUGGGUGAACCUCAGGUUCAGUUGAGAGACCUUGUCUCACAAAAUAAGAUGGAGAGGAACAUGCCAGAUAUACUCAUACACAUGUGUACAUGUACCACUAUCCCCACAUAUCAACACACACAAAAAUACUGCAUAUCUUCCCUCUUCAGAAUAGAUGUGUUGCAUAGGAUUGUGAGAGAGGCAUUAGUAUCUCAUCUGCAGUGCAUUUGAUUCCAUGGGAAAUUACUUAUUCUGUGUCUUCAUUAGCCUGUGUCAGUUUCCCACAUGGGCCAAGCUCACACCCUCCAUGGAUAUUUCCCUCCUGUGCCCUGUGCCUAGAGCUCUGUCUUCUUCAAGGCUUUGGCAGUGGCUUUCCGUGACCACCUGGCACAUGUGCAGUUCCCUUUCACAUUGGCCUCCUGAUCAUAUCACAGUCUACCCACUACAGCCCUACUGUCAGUCCUGAUGAUACACAUCACUGUUGGGUGUCCCUUAGUCCUUUGUGAGGCCUGUGCCUACCCUCUCUGGAAUGCAUAGGGCAGCAAGGACUGUGCCCACAUCACUGUGGUUCCCCUAAACAAUCAGGGCAUUCUGCUUGGUUAAAUGGGCUCCAGUUGGCUCUGCAUCCCUGUAGUAGCAAAAUUUAGAUUUAAUGUAAUCUAUGCUGUUUGAAACAUGUUGACAACCCGAUAUCUCAACAGUAAUUAGAAGAGCUCUCUAGGUAUGUCUUUAUUAUUCUCUAACCUUAAAGGUUGAGGUUGAAAAAAAAAAUGUCAGGAGUUUUCAAACUUUUCAGCGGCACGGAUGUCAGAUAAGAUUGUGAGUGUGUUCUCUCCUCAAAUGCUUGAUGAAUCUGAAGGCCACUUAAGGGGUAGAAGACUCUCAGCCAUAUGAAUCCCAGAAGCGGGGUGGUGCUGUACGGCUGUGGGGAGCAGUGCCGCUCAUACAGCGAUGGUAGAUUAUGAACCCCACAGCCUCCAUGGAGGACAGUUGGACAGUGUGCAUUACAAGUGUGGCGUUUAACCAUCCGAUCAUCAUCCCAACCAGCAGUGCACAUCUAGGAAUUCUUCCUGUGUACAAAGAUUUUUAUUAAGGCAUUGUUUAUAAUAAAAAAGCAGCUGUCAUUAAUGUAGGAUGGCAGUGAAAAGAUCAUGGCCAGUGUCCACAGUGGUGUAUUUGCAGACAGCUAAAGUGGCAUAUCUGCUGUGUGUAUGUUGCCAGAGAAUGGUCACAAGAUCAUAAAGACGCAUGGUUAAGUGGGGGAAGAAAAACAUGUAUGAAAUACUAGUGUUUGGAACAGAGAAAAUUGUUUGUGUAUGUGUGUGCAUAUAUUCAUGUAUGCCUAUGACACAUCUGCUUGCCUGUGCCUAGAAUGUCUCUGAGAAGUUACAGCAACCUGGCAGCCUUGCUUCCUCUGGGAGGGGGAUGGGAAUGACUUUUCACUGUAUACCUUUUGUACUCUUUGGAAUUUUGUACCAUGUACAUGCAUUAUCUAUAAAAAAUAGUUUUUUGAAA